ACCUGGCUGACGCUGUAAGUGAGGAGAAAAGAAUCACUCUGGAACAGCAGCGUAAGUGUGUGUGUGUGUGUGUGUGUGUGUGUCCCGGCGGCGCUCGCUCGCUCCCCCCCCCCGCUGCCACAAACGGGGCGUCUCCGCUGCGCUGCGCUAUAAAGGCACGAGCUGCUCCGCUGCGCGCGCCGCUUCCCUCCGCCUGGUCCCGGGUCCGAGGACUCGCUCUCUCCAUAUCAUAUGGAGCUUCCCGAGUCGGGCUCGCGGGGACGCGCCGAGGCUCCGGCCGAGGGGCUGGACAGCGUCAAAGUCCUCGCCGCGAAGCUGAAGCUACAGACCCGGCGGCCCUCGUACCUCGAGUGGAAGGAGCGACUGCAGAGCGCAGCCUGGAGGGGGGGGGGGCCCGAGGAGCCGCUGGGGGUCUCCGGAGUGGGCAGCAUCUGCGGCUUCGAGAGCCUGGACCAGGCCCUGGACUGGCUGAGGAAGGAGCUGAGGGCGAUGCGGCUCGAGGACAACCGGCUGGCGCGGCACCUCGUGGAGCUGCGGGCCGAGAUGCACCGGCUCAAGGUGGAGCAGGUGUGCCACCGGCACAAGGAGAUGCUGGACGACGCCUCCCUGGAGCUGGAGGAGUGCGAGGAGGAGUCGGACCUGCUGUGCGACAUCCCGCUGAAGGCCGCCUUCGCCCUGUCCACGCCCCUCAAGCACCUGGGCCUCACCAAGAUGAACAUCAACUCGCGCCGUUUCUCCCUCUGCUGAGGUGCCUGCGGCGGCCCCCGUCUUCAAGGGCUCGCUCCCCAUUGGCCCGUGCGCUUGAAGCCGAGACCCGGCGCCGCAGGAGCCGAGAAGUUCUCCGUCGCCGGAGUCUCCCGAGAGCCUCGAGCCUCGAGCCUCGAGCCACGCGCACACACACCCUGGCGCGGCACAGGAAGUGCUUUCGUCAGGUUGGACUUGUUCCUUCCCGUCAGAAGGCGCUGGAGACGCACGCUCUCUCGGGUCCCCCUCCUUAUGUCCCGCUGACGCUUUCGGAAAGACACGUCCUCGUGUUGGAGCCCCUGACUGGAGCGAAGGAUCGUUUCUUCGGCUUCCUUCCUGUCCUUUUUGCCUUCGUCUCCGGAACGAUGGCUGAUGUUUCUCGUUGGCCUGGACAGCGAGGGACACGUGUGCGAGGGACACGUCCGUACCUGAGCACGGAGCCCCACUGGCACUGACCCCGUCUCCACCGGCUGCUGCUCCCAUGGCAGCAGACAUGCUACCAGGAGGGGGCUUCUCACAUCACCUGAAUACAGAAGAAAGAGAUGGUCAUGCGAUGAGAGACGGUCACGUGACAAAGGGGUUCUUGUGGCUGGUUCAACACCUGAGGUUACCGCGGUACCAAGUAUUUCUUGUAGUGCUACUCUUAUUUUCAUAAUGUCUCUUUGGGUGCAUUUGGGGUGCUUGUUGCAGGUGUGUGUGGAAGGGACACGGGCCUUCAGCAGCCAAACCGCAGGCUAACCGCAGGCCGACCGUAGGCUGACCGCAGAGGUGAAGAAGAGCGCUGUGCACGUGCACACGACUGUGGUGAAACACAGAGCCGUUUCCAGCAUGAAGACGUCCUUCCCUCCCUGUUCAAUGUUCCUUUCAGCCCCAGAGGAAGAUCAGAAGAAGUGACCAUUUCUCAGCGCUUCGCUCAGCUGGGCCUUUACACACACACACACACACACACACACACACACAGAGGUCCCGUAGAUAUAGUUGUGUCCUUCCCUGACAAAGGUCUGUGUUCUGUGUGUGUGUGUGUGUGUGUGUGUGUGUGUGUGAGAGAAAUUGUGCUGCUUUCUGCUCUACAGGUGUCUACAUGUCUGUUUACACGACGUUCUUUGUCUAUCAUUGCGGUGUCAUACUUCUGUGUUUCUAUCCCUAUUCUCCAAACCCAACUGGACAGUUUUCUAAAUAAUAACAGUUUUGAUACACAAGAGAAAAUAGGCGCAAAACUUUUAUUGAAUAAAGUUGAUUAAAUUGCACAUUAAAUUUGUGUGGGUUCGUUGCAAUACAUAAAAACAAAAUCAAUGAUUACAGAACUGAAAAUGGAUUUGAAUAUGGGUCUGAACAUGGAUAUGAACAGAGGUAUUAACACGGGUAUGAACAGGGGUAUGAACACGGAUGUCGACGUGACACGGCUGCGCAGCACAACACGCCGCAACACGCAGCACCACGUUUGUUUCAUUGAACAGACGAAAGGGACCCGCACAGCGCUUUAGGAACCCGCUGCUCAACCGUUUGUUGAUAAAUACGUCGCCAGGCCACGCCCACUUCUCAGAGGCGGAGGGCGGGGCCUGGGGAGAGCUCCUUAAAGACGAACGAGCACCAGGUGUGGCUGACACGUUCACCGCGGUACCUUUCACCGGCGUUCUUCUUUUAACUCGCCGAAGAUUUGACUUCUCCGUUGUUCUUGUGGUUCCCUCUUUCUGUGGUCCUUCAGUCGUGGCCCUUCAGUUCUUUCCACCUUCCUGCAGCACUGAGCCGCCGCACCGUUGCGCUUCACCUGCUUCCAUACGGUCAACUUAUGUUUGGCUUCACGCAGAAAGUGGAAGCAGGUGAAGGCUCUGAGUCCACAGGUAGCUUCCGCAUGGCUGCUGACCACCUGGAACCAACGUGGCCUGAGGUGGAGAACCGUCACUGAACUCUGGCUCCGGUCGUCCCUACAGGACCUGGUCACUACACCCCGACCAGACUGCAGACUGCGCUCCUCCGCCUCUUCGGUUCUGGCUCCCAAGCGGUGGAAUGAGCUCCCCUGUCACUCGGAACUGCUGAAUCUCUCUGGACGUUUAGGAAGGGUCUCCAAACUCACCUCUUUCAGACUCACUUCUCUGCUGAUCUCAUAAGUGCUGCGUAAAUUUUUGAAUAAUGGAAAAGCCUUUAUACAGCUACUUGUGUGAU